ACACGAGGCAAGCUAGCUCUCGCGUGCACCUUCAGGAAACUCCAUUUAUCGAUCCUCCGAUUCGCUUUCGCGCUUUCAAAGAACGAACGCGAACGGAACGACGCAAGCUCGUGCCGAACGAGAGGAGAGCUUUCCUAGUGCGAUUGGUGCGAGGUAAUCUAUACGAUAUCAUGCCGGAAAAGAUGAGCGAUCAAGAGGAUCUGGAAUACUGCAUAAUGUUCCCGUCCUUUCCACCAUCGCCGAAGGAUCCAACGACGUUGACUUCUUCGACGAAUAAUGGACAGGAUCAUAAAGAGGAAUUCGUCUUCGUUUAUGAAGAGGACAAACGGCCACUUGUCGUUUUACUUGGAUGGGCUGGCUGUCAAGACAGAUAUUUGGCUAAAUACAGUGCUAUCUAUAAGGAAAAGAGUUGCAUCACUCUUCGUUACACGGCACCGAUGGAAUGUCUAUUUGGACGAAGGAAUAAAAUGCCUUAUAUUGGCAAACGAUUAUUACAAGUGAUCGCUAAAAACAGUCUGAACGAUCAUCCGAUAUUCUUUCAUAUAUUCAGCAAUGGUGGAGCUUUGCUUUAUCAACACAUCAGUAUCGCGAUGCAACAAAUGGAUUCACCGAUACAAUCGCAAGUGAAGGGUGUGAUCUUUGACAGUGCACCAGGUGAAAGAAGAGUUACGUCCCUGUUCAAAGCUAUCAGUGCUAUCAUCGGUGGACAUCCUCUGACGAAUAUACCGAUGUCCUUCUUCAUUACAAUCUUCCUAUCAAUGUUCUGGUUCUUUGAGGUGAUCGCUCAUGCACUUGGACGAGGUUUCACCAUUCAAUCUAAUCCGUUCGCACUGAUGGAAGAAUCCUAUUCUUGGCCGCAACUCUUUCUUUACUCGAACACCGACACAUUGAUUCCAGCUGCCGACGUUGAAAAAUUCGCAAGUCGACGCGCAGAACGCGGUGUACGUGUACAACUUGUCCUCUUUACAAAUUCACCCCAUGUAAAACAUUAUGCAAUGUACCGUGAGGUCUACGUAAAUACGGUUUGCAGUUUCAUCAAUGAGUGCUUGCAAUCCGGCAACCCGUCCAAGAGAUUUGAGAAGGCAACAACUCAUGAGGACGAACGAAUCGAAUCUGACGUUUACGACGCCCAACCAGGCCUGACGAAACGCGUCGUUUUGCCUAGCGAGGCAACGAAAUAUCAAAAUUAGAAAAUCCGCGAAGAACGAACCGUACGAAAGAAAAAAAAAAGAAAAGAAAAAGAAAAAAAAGAAAAAAAGAAAUGGAAAAAAGAAAGAAUGGUUUUUAGCAAAAGUACCUUUGCAUUAUCGCGCGCGAUGAAAAUAUUUCCUGGCAGUUAUUUCUUAACGAACGGAAAUCGAAAAUUGAUUAAAGUUGAUGAUCAAUUUUUAUUGAUAUAUUUAAUUAUUGAUUUAUUCCUUUUUGUAUUUAUUUAUUUUCUUUUUUUAUUUAUUUAUUUAAUUCUUUCUAGUCAAGUCAAUCAACAACGACGCGUACAAGUGAUGAUCAUUUUCCUUUUUCUUAUUUUUCUUUUUUCUCUUUUUUUUUUGUUU